CUCUCGCCCCGCCUUCCCCUGCGUCCGUUGACGGCCGUCCGCGCCUCUAGCCAGGCCUCCGUGGAGCGCUGGGCUCCUUUCCGAGGCAGCUGGCUUUAAUAGAACUGAGGGAGCAUGAGCCAUUUGCAGAACUUACUGUUAGAUACACUCCUGGGAACAAAGCAUGUGGACAGUGCAGCCCUCAUCAAACUCCAGGAGCGAAGCCUAUGUGUAGCAUCACCAGGAUUUAGUGUAAUGCCCAGUGAUGUCCGAACACUUGUAAAUGGGUUUGCCAAGAACCCUUUGAAAACCAGAAGAGAAGGAUUGUAUUUCAAGGAGAAGGACUACAAAUGUGUCCGGGCAGAUGACUAUUCUCUUUAUGCCAAGAAUGAAAACACUGGUGUGAUUGUUGUGAAGACCCAUCUGUAUCUUCUGGUGGCAACUUACUCUGAAGGCAUGUAUCCUAGUGUCUGUGUGGAAGCCACAGAGAAGUUGGGAGACUAUCUAAGAAGAAAAGGGAAUUAAGUCAUCAAAGGACUAUGAAAGAUGGCUUUUAUGAUUUUAGAGGAAAAUUAUAGAUCCUAAAGAAAUAAAUGCCUUGUUUUGUGGUUUAAAAACCCUAGGCAAAAGAUACUGAAAAGGAAGAAUGAAUUAAGGAAGCAAUUUUUCUCAUUUCAAGAGAUUCUCUUCUUUAAUUGGAAUUAUUUAAUCCACUUUUUUUUUUCUUUAGUGUUGUUCACUGGCAUGAAUGUGAGGCACUGAUAGUUUCACAUAGUAUAUCUGCUGGAAGACUCCUCUAUGAGUCUCUUGUAUUCCCACACAUAUUGUUGGAUAUGCCAAGAAUGCAAGAAUGAUUGAAUUAAUCUCCAGUCCCUCUCCCCUCUCCAGAGAUCAGCGGUUGGGGGACCAGGGACAAAAGCUAAAAAUAUUUAUUAUAUCACUUCUGGUCUUAAUGGCAAGGUUGUACUGGGUAAAAAGGUGGAUAUAUCUUGCUAUCUUAGCCAGAUUAAGUAUUAAACAUUCAGUUCAUCUCAAUCAUCCCA